AUGGGUUUCAAUUUACAGACCUUGGCCAGAAAGAACAUUUUGACCUUGCAGCCUUACCGCUGUGCGAGAGAUGACUUCACAGAAGGAAUCCUUCUCGAUGCCAAUGAGAACACCCACGGCCCCUCUGUCGCCGAGGGAGUCACCUCCAACUUGGAGUUUAAUCGCUACCCAGAUCCGCACCAAGUCGACUUCAAGCAGCAGUUUGUGGAUUUCCGUAACUCUGAAGCCGCUAUCGCCAAUGCCCCUGUCAGCAACGUCGGUCUUGCGCCUUUGACUCCCGACAACUUGUGUCUCGGGGUUGGGUCCGACGAGUCCAUUGACGCCUUGAUGAGAUGCUUCUGCCACCCGGGUAGGGACAAGUUAUUGAUCUGCCCGCCAACCUACGGUAUGUACGACAUUUGUGCCACCGUCAAUGACAUUGACAUUGUCAGGGUUCCGCUCUUUCCAGAUUUCAGUUUGAACACGGAGGCCAUUAUCACCGCUGUCACCAGCGAUCCGUCUAUUAAAUUAAUCUACUUGACCACCCCGGGAAACCCUACCGGUAAGUUAUUGGACUUUGAAAGGUCCAUCGCGCCCCUCUUGUCUCUCGAAUCGUGGAACGGCAUCGUCAUCACCGAUGAGGCCUACGUUGACUUCUCCCCGGUAGGCUCGUCUUUGUCCCCGCUUGUCACCAAGUACGCCAACUUGGUUGUGUUGCAGACUUUGUCUAAAUCUUUCGGUUUGGCUGGUAUCAGAGUCGGCAUCACCUUCGCGGACGAAGCCGUCUCCAGAAUCUUGAACAAUAUCAAAUACCCAUACAACAUCUCGUGCUUGUCCGCCGAUAUUGCGAUCAAGGCUACUACCCCACAGUCCAUCAAGUUGAUGCGUGAAAAGGUCAACACCAUCAUCGGCCAGAGAGAUGUUCUUGUGAAUGAGUUAUUAGCUAUCAAGGGUGUGGGCAAAAACAUCGGCGGUCUCGACGCCAAUUUUGUCUUGUUAGUCAUCAUGUCCGAUGAGUCUGCUUCUGCCGUGCCUAGCAACGAGGUUGCCCAACUCUUGUACACGAAAUUGGCUACUGAAAACGCCGUGGUGGUGAGAUUCAGAGGUAAGGAGAUCUUCUGCGAGGGUGCUUUGAGAGUCACAGUCGGUACCGAAGCAGAGAACAGAACCUUGGUCGAAAAAUUCCGAAAGGUUUUGGGCGAAAUCUACGCCUCUAAAUAA